GUCAGUUGAAUUGCUGGCAAGAUUUUUUUCUCUUUUCACAGCAUUUCUUUAUUCUAGAAACAUUAAUUGAUGCUGGAAUUACAGAAAAAUUAUUAAAUAAAGAAAACGUAUUUAAAAAAAUAUAAAAAACUUAUUUAAAAACAAGAAGGCAUUUAUUAGUUACUACAAAAAUGAUGAUAAAUAAAAAACAUCGAGCUUCAAGUUGGUGGUCUUUAUUAGUGGUAGUAAGUUUGUGUAUCGUGCUAUCUACAUAUAUUUGCGAAGUUCAAGCAGCUGCUGUGAUGUCCGUUGAUCUGGGCUCUGAAUGGAUGAAGGUUGGCGUUGUCUCGCCUGGAGUGCCCAUGGAGAUCGCCUUAAAUCGUGAAUCGAAACGUAAAACGCCAGCUACUCUAGCGUUUCGUGACGAAGUCCGUACAUUCGGUGAGGAUGCUCUUAGCGUCGGUAUACGAGAUCCAUCAUCAGCUUAUGGUUAUCUAAUAGAUUUACUUGGCAAAACUAUUGAUAAUCCUAUAGUUGAUUUGUAUAGAAAACGCUUUCCUUAUUAUGAAAUUAUUGGUGAUCCCGAACGUAAUACGGUUAUCUUCAAGAAAAACGAUAAAGAACAAUUUCUAGUAGAGGAGCUGGUGGCACAAAUUUUAAUGAAAGCUAAAGAAUUCGCCCAAGAGUCUACUCAUCAACCUGUAACUGAGGCGGUGCUUACAGUACCAGGAUAUUUCGGUCAGGCCGAACGUGAAGCGUUACUUGCAGCCGCCCAAUUAGCAAAUAUUAAGGUAUUGCAAUUAAUUAACGACUAUACGGCAGUCGCCUUAAAUUAUGGUGUAUUCCAUCCAUCUGGCAUCAAUGAGACAGCGCAGUAUUAUAUAUUCUACAAUAUGGGUGCCAGUUCCACUUCGGCUGCUGUGAUCAGUUAUCAAUUAGUAAAAGAUAAACAUACUAAAGAGAGCCAUCCGGUUGUGGAAGUAUUAGGUGUGGGGUAUGAUCGCACUUUGGGCGGCCUGGAGAUUCAAUUGCGGUUACGAGAUUAUCUAGCUGACGAAUUUAAUGCUAUGCGUAAAACUAGCACGGAUGUAAAAACUUCUCCCAGAGCUUUAGCUAAACUCUUCAAAGAGGCUGGACGCGUCAAAAAUGUUUUAUCUGCCAAUAUGGAUCAUUACGCGCAAAUUGAGAACGUCUUAGAAGAUCAAGAUUUCAAACUGCAAAUUUCACGCGAAAAAUUAGAAGAGCUAUGUGCGGACUUGUGGCCACGCAUAAUUAAACCUUUGGAACAGGCUUUAGCUCAUUCCGGCCUUUCGUUAAAUAUAAUUUCUCAAGUCAUUAUUUUCGGAGGCAGUACUCGGGUACCCAAAGUUCAAGAGACCAUUAAACAGUUCAUUAAAGAAGACUUAGGCAAAAGCUUAAAUGCCGACGAAGCAGCGGCUAUAGGUGCUGUGUAUAAGGCAGCUGAUUUAGCUACUGGCUUUAAAGUGAAAAAAUUCAUAGUCAAAGAUGCUGCCGUCUUACCCAUACAUGUGGCUUUUGAGCGUGAAACGGGGAAUGGGGCGGAAAUAAAACAUGUGAAGCGAGUUCUUUUCGGCCUUAUGAAUUCCUAUCCGCAGAAAAAGGUUAUUACCUUUAACAAACACACAUCAGACUUUAAGUUUCACGUAUGCUAUGGUGAUUUAACUCAUUUAUCAUCAGAAGAACGUUUAUUCGUAGGAGCUACGAAUAUCUCUCUGGUGGAAUUGGAGAAAAUCAAAGACUUACUGGAAAAGAUGUCUAAUGAGUCCGUAGAAGCGAAAGGCAUUAAAGCCUAUUUUGCGUUGGAUGAUUCAGGCAUUUUCCGUUGUACUGGGGUAGAAUAUGUAUACGACAAACAGAAAAUAGAAGAGGACGAGGGCACUUUGGCAAAAUUGGGCAAUACCAUAAGCAAACUUUUUUCAAAAGAUUCGAAAGAAGAAGAGAAAAAAGCCGAAGACUUUAAAGAAGAAGUAGGCGAGGAUGAAAAGAUUAAAGAAGAGAAGAGUGAAGAAAAAGUCAACAUGGAGAAUGAAGAUAAACAGAAUAAAACAACAGCAGAGAAAAAUUUAGACGAGAAAGAAAACAACAAAAAGAAUGAAACUGUAAAGAUUGUCACUAUCAAAGAACCUGUGCAGCAUAAGGUAACUUUUCAAUUUACGCCACCUUUAACAGGAAAGUCUUACGAACUGUCUUUGGAGAAACUGAACGCCAUUAACAAAGCGGAAACUAUGCGAAGUCGUUUAGAGUCCUCAUUCAAUGCUCUUGAGUCUCACAUUAUUGAUAUUCAACAAAAGUUAGAGGAAAAGGAAUACGCCAGCUGCGUAACAUCGGAAGAGAAGCAAAAAAUUCUAUCAGAAUGUUCCGCUAUCUCUGAUUGGCUUUACGACGAUUCGGAUAAAACUACCCAUGACAUGUACGAAACGAAAUUAAAUGAUUUGAAAACGUUAACUAAUGUAUUUAUGGCACGUCACUGGGAGCACGAGGAAAGACCUGAAGCCGUAAAAGCUCUUGAAAAUAUGAUUGACGGAGCUCAGCAAUUUUUGGAAAAUGCAAAAAAUCUAACUAAGGACGCAAAUCCUGAACGUGAUGUAUUCACACAAAUUGAAAUUGAUACUCUUUCGCGUAUAAUAGAUGACACUGUGACCUGGAAAAAUGCGGAAGUUGAGGCCCAAAACAAACUUCAACGUCACGAGAAGGUACGUUUAACAGUCAAGGACAUAACCGAUCAUAUGGGAUCUUUAGAUCGGGAAGUCAAAUACAUGGUGAAUAAAAUCAAAAUUUGGAAGCCAAAACCAAAACCUACCACUAAGAGCGAUAAGAAAACGAAUAAAAGAAAUGAAGAAAUGGAGACAGACGAGACGGGAUCAGGUUUUGGUAAUGAAACUCAAUCGGAUGAUGAUUUAUCCAGUCAACAAUCGCCUGACGAGGACAUCAAAGUGAAUAGCACAGAACAAAGCACCACAACACCACGCACAGAACUCUAAGGGAGCAAAGUAAAAAGAUAAAAGACUGCGUUUAAUUAAUAAAUAUCCCGAAGUAGAAAAUACCAUUUAAAAAAGAAAAGAAAUUCCUAUGAUCUGAUUAUUAUGCUUCUAAUUAGUUCUUUUUUUUUUUUUUUUUUUUUCUUUGGAUCUUGACUUAAGAUACGGCCGUGAUACCUAGAGCCGAUAUGUUAAAUGUAUUUGAAGAUUGUUGAGUUGUUGAAAGUGAUGAAAAAAAAAAAAAAAGUUUUGCAAAUUUUGGCUGGAAACAAAAAAGGAAUGUUAUAGAGAUAAAAUAUGAUUGAACGUAAAAAAGAAAGUUUAUCAUGAAUUAAAAAGAUAAAUUCGCUUUUCUAAUAAAGCAAGUUAGUUCCUCGGGCUGACUUACAUUUUUUUCCUACAAAGAGUUCGAGGAGACCAUCAUGUAACUUAAAGAAGCUGUAAUGGACACCGGCACUGCAGCAUUAAAAAAUAAAAUAAAAAAAUAAAAAUAAAAAGUAGUUUUUGUCAGGGGAAAAAACAGAAAAUUAAGUUUUCCUGGGUAGAGAAAAGGAAAAUUUUUGGGCAAUUGACGUUUGAAGAGUGAGUUAUAUACAUAUUUCUGUUAAAAUAUUGAAUUCGAAAAAUUGUGAAUAAAUACGAACAAAGGAAACUUCUAAAAGCGUAUUAUUUGAAUUGAAUCGUUUGAAAAUUUCCAAGGAAAAAAUCCUUUACAUAAAAGAAUUAUUGACUGCAGUAGUGUUGAAGUGAUGAAUUAUUAUUAACGAACAUCGAUGUCAAAUUUUCACUAUGGAAAACUAAAUGAUUCAAAUCGUUCUGCCUAUAAAAAACUGAAAAAAUAACAAAACGAGAUAUUAUUUAUUUAAAAAAAGAAAAAA